AUGGCUCACUGUAUCGAUUUUCUCAGUAAAAUUAGCCGCUUGAAGACACUGGACUCUGAUCCAAUGAACACUCGUAUGAACCGAUGUCUCACUACAUUGGAUUUGACGAUGCUAGGAAUUGGUGGGAUGGUAGGGGCUGGCUUGUACGUUCUCACGGGUACAGUUGCCAAGGAUAUGGCUGGGCCGGCAGUUACGAUCUCCUUUCUCAUCGCUGGAUUUGCCUCGCUUCUGGCGGCGCUAUGUUACGCCGAAUUUGGCGCCAGGGUUCCCAUGACUGGAUCGGCGUAUUUAUACACGUAUAUAACAAUGGGUGAGAUGUGGGCUUUCCUGAUUGGAUGGAACAUUAUUUUAGAGUAUUUCGUUGGUGGCGCAUCCGUUGCCAGGGCGUGGAGUGGUUACUUUGAUGAGCUACUUGGAUUCAGGAUUCGAAACUUUACGUAUGAACAUAUCACUGGUGGGCCUUGGGAACACCCGCCCCUGGCAGAGUACCCGGAUGUAUUCUCAGUAAUUCUGAUCUUUGCAGUAACAUUGUUCGUAGCACUGGGGGCAAAUUUUUCGUCGAAAUUCAACUCAAUAUUUGCUAGCUUAAACCUGUGUGUGGUUGUGUUUGUUAUCUGCGCAGGACUGAACUUCGCAGAUAUAGGUAAUUGGAAGACAGACGGAGGAUUCGCACCAUAUGGAUUUGCUGGCAUUAUGUCUGGGGCUGCCACGUGUUUCUUCGCAUUCAUAGGAUUCGAUGUAAUCGCAACGUCCGGAGAAGAAGCGAAAACGCCAGCUAAAAGCAUACCUAUCGCUAUAUGUGCCUCCUUGGCAGUUGCUGCAGUCGCCUAUGUUGGCGUCUCCAUAACAUUAACGCUAAUGGUGCCAUACUAUGAGAUCCAACCAGAAGCUGCAUUGCCAGCUGCUUUUCACCGGCAUGGACUUGCCUGGGCUGAGUACAUAGUUGGUAUUGGUGCGCUCUGUGGCAUAACUACGGCGUUGCUUAGCAACAUGUUCUCUCUUCCGCGUAUCAUUUUUGCAAUGGCCAGCGAUGGCCUACUUUUCCCAAUUUUUGCAAAAAUUCAUCCUCGCACACAAGUUCCAGUUGUUGCCACUCUUAUAUUUGGCAUACUAACGGCAAUAUUAGCUUUAAUUUUCGACCUUGAAGCACUGGUCGAAUUUCUUUCAAUUGGCACUUUGUUGGCAUACACCAUCGUCGCCGCGAGCGUACUGGUUUUGAGAUACCAGCCUCCGAAAGAUGGUGGAAUUGGCGGAGGACCGACAAACGACGAUCAUAGAGAAGCAGAGAGUGACAUUGAGGAGAAGCGAAAAGAAAAAAUGCCUCUGAAGCAAGAAAAUCAUUCCUCGGAGAUCAACCCGCAGGAUUUUGGAACUUUGAAGGCAGGGUUUGAGUGCCUAAAUUUUCUGAGGAAUUUUCAACCAGGAACCGUACCUGCGUUUUCAGUACUAAUUAUGAGUAUAUUUAUGCUGGCUUUAGCUGCUGUCAUUUGUUUCGGGGUUAAUUCACUCUUAGCAGCAGAAGCAUGGGCUAUAUUCUGCGUGGUACUGUUCAGUUUAAUAGUGAUUCUCAGCUUUCUGAUGAUCUGCAUACAUUACCAGAACAACAUAAUUCUAACAUUUAAGGUUCCAUUCGUCCCCUUUGUGCCAGCGCUCAGUAUAUUCUGUAAUUCUAUUUUAAUGAUGAAACUCUCGUACCUGACUUGGAUAAGAUUCGUUGUCUGGGUAACGCUAGGGAUGCUGUUAUAUUUCACUUACGGAAUUCGGCACAGUAAAGAAGCCCGUCGAUGGGAAGCCGACAAAGCCCCAGAAAUUCGUUAUUUUAUCAUGCCUCAAGAAUCUCUGUGUACAAUACAAGGAUCCGUGGAAUUGCAACAGCCAAAUAGCGCAACACCUCUCGCUGACGACGCAAGCAGUGACACGAGUGAUACUAGGACGCUAUUGGGCAACGCAAAAUAACGUUCCACCGUAACAAACUGUUUAAUAUACUAUUAAGCACACCCACGAUGAUGGAUUCUAUAAUUCUUCAAAUAUAUAUUCGUUUUCUAUCAGGUGAAAUUGUUUUCGUUUAGAGUCGCUCAGCGUCACAAGUUUCAGUCGAAAAUUAGUAGCGCCCUCAACUACUCACUUUACGUAUGACCAGCGCACUCUCUGUCCACUUCUGUCAUUUACACAAUUAUGUUUAGAAUGAACCAUUUACAAU